GGAACUUGUUGGGCUCACGGAACUGUUUUCCAGUUAAUGUCGCCCAAUACACCGCUCAACCAUGCAACUUCAGAUCCCCUCUCAGACUCCAUAUUCGCCUCAAGCCUCCUUCCAGCCUAGAAUACGUCCAAUCACAAGGGCUGCUUUGGAUAUGCGCUACGCCAUCUCAUCUCGAGAGUGCACGCCUCGUUUGACCGGGUCAUUCGGUGGCAAUGCGAGAGUCCAGAUCGUCGUGCAGCGCUUAUUAGUUGAUAUCGUCGACUAGAGUACACUGCCCUCUUCCACCACUCCCCUCACCGAGGGAGGGUGAUAUUAACCCAGUUGGGAAGGACACACAUGAAGGGAGGAAGGAGCCUGAUCUCCACCAGAGCCCGGGAAUAGAGGCUUCGGUCGUCCAGCAAACAUCAUUCUCGAACCACACUGGACGGGCUGAGACCGAGACAAACUAAGCAUGGGCACGGGUGGAAUGACGGGACGGAAGGGGACGAGACACGCUACAC